AUGCGCACAUCAGUCUUUCUUUUUCCAGUGCAGCGGAGUCAAACUCCCAACUUUUGACUCCUGGCUCCGGCUCCGGAGACUGAAAAGUUUGCAAUAUGGGAUUUGUAAAAGUAGUGAAGAACAAAGCCUACUUCAAGAGGUACCAGGUGAAGUUCAGGAGGAGGAGAGAGGGAAAGACUGACUACUUUGCCCGAAAACGCCUGGUUGUACAAGACAAGAACAAGUACAACACGCCCAAGUACCGGAUGAUCGUUCGCUUCUCCAACCGAGAUAUCAUCUGUCAGAUUGCCUAUGCCAAGAUUGAGGGAGACAUGAUCGUGUGUGCGGCAUACUCCCACGAGCUCCCAAAGUACGGCGUGUCUGUGGGCCUGACUAACUACGCAGCGGCUUACUGCACUGGACUGCUCCUGGCCCGCAGGCUGUUGAACAAAUUUGGCCUGGAUAAGGUGUAUGAGGGCCAGGUGGAGGUCACUGGAGAGGAGUUCAAUGUGGAGAGCAUCGAUGGACAGCCUGGAGCUUUUACUUGUUACCUAGAUGCUGGACUCGCCAGAACCACAACUGGCAACAAAGUGUUUGGAGCCCUGAAGGGGGCUGUAGAUGGAGGUCUGUCCAUCCCCCACAGCACCAAACGGUUCCCCGGUUACGAUGGCGAAAGCAAGGAGUUCAAUGCCGAGGUCCACCGCAAGCACAUUCUGGGCCUGAACGUGUCGGAGUACAUGGGCCUGCUGAUGGAAGAGGACGAGGAGGCCUACAAGAAACAGUUCUCUCGCUUCAUCAAGAACGGCGUCACCCCCGACAGCAUGGAGGAAAUGUACAAGAAGGCGCACGCAGCCAUUAGAGAGAACCCGGUUCAUGAAAAGAAGCCCAAGAAGGAGGUGAAGAAGAAGAGAUGGAACCGUGCCAAGCUCACUCUGGGCCAGAGGAAAGACCGAGUUGCUCAGAAGAAAGCCAGCUUCCUCAGAGCACAGGCUGCGGAAGAGGACUAAAGUGCAGUCUUCUGCCUCCCAUGAUUGUGCAAAGUUUUGUUCAAAUAAAUCUAUUA